CCUCCUCUCUCUCCCACACACCUUUCGAUCCGGUCGGCAGAUGGAGUCGCUGGGCAAGCCGAAGAAGGGCGCCGGAGGCAGGAGGGGAGGCGGCCCGAAGAAGAAGCCCGUCUCUCGCUCCGUCAAGGCCGGCCUCCAAUUCCCCGUCGGCCGUAUCGGUCGGUACCUGAAGAAAGGCCGCUACUCGCAGCGCGUCGGCACCGGCGCUCCGGUCUACCUCGCCGCCGUCCUCGAGUACCUCGCCGCCGAGGUUCUGGAGCUGGCGGGCAAUGCGGCGAGGGACAACAAGAAGAACAGGAUCAUCCCGAGGCACGUGCUGUUGGCGGUGAGGAACGACGAGGAGCUCGGGAAGCUGCUCGCCGGAGUGACGAUCGCGCACGGAGGCGUGCUCCCGAACAUCAACCCGGUCCUCCUGCCGAAGAAGACGGACAAGGGGAGCAAGGAGCCCAAGUCUCCGUCCAAAGCCACGAAAUCACCAAAGAAGGCUUAGGCUUUGAUGUUAGGGUUUAGGGUCGAGAACUUCUGGUUCUCAUAGUUUGAAUAUCUGGUGCUCUCUCUCUCUCUCUCUCCGUGUACGUACUGCUUAGUCUUGAAGCAAAUCGAGUUGUUCAUGUAGGUGGUGGAUUUUUAGAUUCUUACUGUGGACUUGUACCUUCGGUCCUGUUGCUUCAAUGAAAUGAGAUGGCGAGAUUUUACACGUU